UGGAGUUUAUUCAUGUCUCGCUUCAACUUCGUUCUGAAGCACCGCCCUGGGAAAACAAUGCUACGAGCCGACCCUCUGUCCAGGAGGCCAGAUCAUGAAGAGGGGGUAAGCAGUGAUAACUUCGGACAGACACUGCUGAAACCUGAGUUUUUCGCAAUCAAAGCUAUGCAACCUGGUCACACCUCCAUUGUCAACGACAAGGAACUGCUCGAACGCAUCAAGAAGGCCCUUGAAGAUGACAAAAUGAUGAAGCACUACAAGGAAUUGCUAGCUAGUGGACCCCGGGAGUUUGGAAAAUACCUGCAAGAUUGGAACAUGGAGAACGGUUUACUGUUACGACGCGGCAAAGUCUAUGUGCCCAAGGACCAGAGCAUCCGCCUCGACUUGCUCAAACUACAUCACGACACGUUAUUAGCAGGACACCCAGGAAGGUGGAAGACCUUGGAGAUCAUUGCACAGAACUAUUGGUGGCCCGGCAUGUCAAUCGACGUCAAGAAAUACGUACAAGCAUGCGACACUUACCAACGGAACAAGUCAGUCAGGAAACCACCGUAUGGAUUACUGCAGCCAAACGAGAUCCCCGCUGGACCAUGGGAAAUCUGGUCAAUCAAUAUCAUCUCUCAGCUUCCGCCUUCGGUUGAUAGACAUGGCAACACCUUCACCGCGAUAGUAGUAGUAGUGGACCGUCUCUCAAAACGGUCCCACUUCUUCGCAGCUGACGACCACUUCUCGGCAACAGAAGCAGCCGAGCUCAUCUACGAACACAUCCUGAAACACCAUGGCCUACCG